GACCUUAUAAUAUCGACAAAUUAUCAACCUAGGACAUACCUUCCCAGGUUCCAGUGUUAAUUUUUUUUUAAAAUACGGUAUAUUAUUUUUGGAAAUAUGAGUUGGACUAUUCUGCCUUGCUAACAUCUAAUAAGUAAAUUGAUUUUUCAAGGAUUUGUGCCUUUGAUUUAGCAUUAUUAUAAUAUUGUAAGUAAGGAUCAAAUUCUGGUUUGAUUUGACAGCUGACUUGAAGAGAAGGAGAAUAAGAACUCACAAAAUGCUCCUGCAAUCAACAAACUCCUUUCUCCUGUAUCAUUUGUGGAGGUGAUUACUAUUCUGGUACUCUGGUAGAACAACAAAAUACCCUAGCUGCCUAGUGGUUUGGUUAUGUUAGAUAGGCUAUGUAAUCACUAUCACUGUUUUACUCUUACGUAAAGUGCAUUCAUCAGUCAAACUGGAUUUUAAUACGGAAGUAGAAAGAUUGUUCCCAGACAAAGACGAUUCAUUCUUGGAGGUUGUAAGAAAAGACUUGAAACAAUUUCUAUCAACAUCUGAAGAACUUAGACGAGUAUUACUUUUUCCUCCGCUGAACUCACGCAGAAGAUUUCUCAUUCAUAACUUCAUACAAGAAAACUUCAAGGAACAUAAAUUGCGUACAUUUUCUGUGGGGCUGGAUUCUCAGAGAAGAACAGCUGUUUGCCACAAUUCCAUUAUUAAAAUAGGAAAGCUAGCAGACACAUGCGAAAAGAAGCCAACCGUUGUACACAGCCGCCAGAAAAGCUCGUCCGCCAUUGUGGGGAGUGAAAUGGCGGCGAUGGCGACCAAUGAGAGCACCACACGCAUUCGGCCGUCGCGAGUGGCGCCAAGUUUGAAUUUGUACCAGCCGCCGGCCGUACGCGCCGCAGAGCGUCGGCAGACUGAGUCUGCGUCUUUUGCGGCUGGACCGACUGUCAGCGCAACCGCUAAUAGGCCACGUGAUAACUCCAAGGAUGAUCGGAGGAAUAAGCGGCCCGAUCAACAGAGGUACGUUCCGAGACCGUUGCGAUCCGAAUCGAGCAAUAAUUCUCCUCUGGCAAAGUCAGAGUCAGCCUUUGGUGAUGACACUCCCAGGAAAGUUGCUGCUGAAGGACUCUCGAAGGCCUCAACAAAAACCCGUCACUCGGAAAUAGGAACAGCAUCUAGUAGAAUGUCUUUGGUGAAAAACGCAGAAACCAAAAUUAAUUCAGCACAAAAUCCUCCGGAAAUCAGUGGCAAAGUUGAUGAAACUUGUACAAAACGCGAUAAAGUGAGUGAAAAAGUGAGUUCGAGACCGAUUUUGAUUAGAAAACGGUAUUCGGCGCCUGUAGUGUGUGUGCAAUCUGAAAUUACUUUCGAUCAAAAUUCAUUUGGAUUGAAUGUGUCUGAAAAACUUGAAAAUAACCAUAAACAACCGAGUCGACAAAAUUCUAUAGAAGGAUUAAAUUCGAACCAAAAUCUUGAAAAUAAUCAUAGUUUGCACCGUCGAGAAAAUUCUGUGGAAGAAUCAAACUCAUCUCAAAAAAUUGAAAUUGAUCACUGUUUGUCUAAAGCAGGUUCAGGUGAAGUUUUGAAUGUAUCAUCUGAAAACAAGGAAAAUAAUUCGAUUCUGUUCUCUCAAGAAAAUUCAGUGGAAGGAUUAAAUUUGCCCACAAAAUACGAAGAAAAACACAGUUCACCGGUUCACAUGUCUCCUAAAUCAUGUGGGGCCGAGUGUGGUCUCAAACAAGAUGAAAGCUCCACUGAUUGUUCAAUUGUGAGUCAAGUUUCAUUGGAAACUGGUGACAGCUGUUCCAUUUUCGAAACAGAUUCUAAUUCGAUGACAGAAGAUGGCUCGAAUCAGGAACGGGCAUCAAGUGAAGUCAAUUCUGAGAAAAUGGUGAAAUCUGAAACUAUUUCUAUAAAUAGUGAUGUAGGAGGUGAUAAAAUGGAAGUUGACAACUCAGUUCUGUGUGAACAAGUUGUUCCCAGCAUCAAUACAGACAAUCAAUGUCAAGUGUGUCCAGAAUUUAAAAACACUAGCUGUGAAUCAUCUGUUAGUGAUGAACUCAUUUCGUCAGAAGUAAUAAAAACCGACUGUUUAAUUAUGUCUUCUGAGAAAAAUCCGGUUAAUGGUUCGAGGUUUUCCAAGUCUUUGGAUGAAGAUAGAUGCUCUGAUAAUAAAUCGGAGAGCGCAGUGCUCCAAGAUGCAGCUGAGCAAACUGCUAAACGCAUCAAAACUGAGGAAUGCGACGACUGGGAAACCCUCUACGACGAUGAUAGCACGUUGGUGGAUCCUGUCAUCAUUGACGAGCUGGGCGAAUGUGUGGGGAAAGUGAAGAUUACAGCGGCAUCUAGCGACUACCGGUCGUACCAGUCGGUGGAGGAGCGCAGCAACAAUGGCGAGUGCAUUGUGGAGAUCUACGGCUUUCCGGCUGAGUUCAAGACAAAGGACCUGAUGACCGCCUUUGCAGGCUACCGCAACAAAGCCGGUUUCCACAUCAAGUGGGUCGACGACACGCAUGCGCUCGCUGUCUUCAACAGUCCUUUUGUUGCGGAUGAAGUGUUGAGCUGUUCGCUGCCGUUUGUGAAAACGCGGCCGCUGCGACUGGGCGUGCCGGAGUCGCGAGCCAAGGCACGCAGCCUGGUGCUGCCACCAGCCGUGCGACCCAAGACGUGUCCGGCACUCGCCAAGCGACUCGUGUCGGGCGCACUCGGUCUGCGACUGCAGCACGACAAGAAGGCGCGUGAACACGAGCGACUCCUGCUCAAGGAAGCUAGAGAUCAAAAACGAAUAGCCGCUAAACUGAGGGAAGCUGCAUGGGAAGGAACACUCACAAGCAACAUGAAUAGCUGAGCAAUACCAAUGCCUGCUGAACAAACUGGUUUAUUAAUUUUGCUGGACCUUGGCAAGCGUCAACAAGUGGCAAAGCAGCUUCGUUUCUGCUUUGAAACUGAUUGUAAUAGAUAUGAAGUGCAACUGCCAUUACGGGUUAGUAGCUAGAGAGAAAUUGAGUCUUUGCUCUCUGCUUUCGAUGUUUGUAGACUGAACCAUUUAUCAUCACACCAUUUGCAAUCCGGAUCAUUUAUUAUUUUUGGGAUGGCCUUUCUUAAGUUAGUAAUGUCCCCCAAAAUAUGACGACUUAUUUACAUUUAACAUAUUACUGUUGCAGUUUUCUGCACAUGGAAGAUAAUUUUGUCGACUGUAUCCAGUAUUUGUUUCAAUUUAUUCUACGAUCGCAAUUGAGUGAAAAACGUAUAGUUCUGUUUCAGCAUCUCAUCUAAAGAUUGAGACAUGUGCUUUCAGUUUUAUUGAGUGUUUUGUUCAACACUGUGUGUCAAUUAUUCAAUGAUUGUAAUAGAGUAUAGGGUUACAUGUAGCUACUGCUCAUCUGGUAGAAGCAAAAUGAUUGAUCAUACUUUUUUUAAUUGUUGAUUGAUGACAAGAAAAUGUUACUGACAAUAUUGGGAUGGGUGAUAAGUCUUGGAAAACUGAACAAAACCUUAUGCUAAAUAUAUUCAUGACUAUCUUGAUUCUAUUCCUGAAAAAUAUAGGCAAUUCCAUUGUAAAUUCUAUAUAUACAUAUUUUUAUAACACUUUUGCAUUGAAAAUCGUAUUCAAUUAAUCUAUAUGUUCAUUUAUGUUAUAAUUAUUUUGAUGGUUCUCAAGCUUUUUUCUAUAACAGAUUUAUUCUAUUUUAUUAUGUCAGAUCACUUUUCGCUGAGUUCAAAUAGUUCUUGAAAGUUCAAAAGCUGACAGUGAUUGUAUUUGAGAAAAUAUAGAAUAUAGUAAGGGAUAGGUUUCCUUCGCUUCAAGGGCCGUAUUUGUGAACUUUACUUAUACCCACACUAAUAAUACUUUUGUUUUUCUCAAAAUUUACGUUUUCUACUGACAAUAAUUAUUUUGUCUAAAUUAGAACUAUAUGAGAAAUGUUUUAAUAAUUUACUUCCAUCUUUUGGCUGUCAUGAAUAGUAUAUUUUUCUAUUUGUAAUCACAACCAAAUAACAAUCAUUAAUAAUAAGGGAGUUGAUUUCCUGAAACACUUAGUGACAUGAACUAGUUUUCUAUUAAUUUUGUAAGAGAUCUAUAAUAAAUUCAAUAAUAGGUCAAAUAACCAGUAUAAAAUGUAUCCUAUAUAUUUUUAUAUGUGCAAUCAGCAAAUUGAAUUUGAAUUGCAUUAAAUUAAUUUAUAUUUCCGCCUUGUUCCAAUUCUAAUUGAAUUAGAUCUAAAUUUUAUAUUAUUACAUCGAAGACUUUUUCUUAAAUUAUCUACUGCCUAAAACGUAGGGAUCUAGAUGUUUUCCACAUUUUUCUUGUGGUAUUUGCAAGCAUUACUUAGUUUCUAAUAGCAUUGCUGAUUAACUGAAAUAUCUGAAUUCAAAUUUCAGUUUUUUUAAAUACCAUUGUUCAUUAUAUCGUUAUUGAAACUUUUGUAUUACAUGACCGUAAUGAUUUAUAAUUCCUAGUACUAUACUUCUCCAUAUUUACCUUCUCAAUUUAGUUCAAAAUAAGAGGAUGCGCUUAAAUAUUCAUUGAAUAUCUAUGCAAUGGUAACGUCAAUUCAUUCAGAAGAUGUUAAUAUCAAAAUAAAUAAUACUAUUUACAUGAAUUGAAAAGCUAGAAGGCUCUUGCUCUCCCAGAUGCUAAAUGUUGUUCUCAUCUUGAUCCAACUACUUCGUUACCACUGUUUUGGUUUAUAAUAUUGUGUUUUCUUGCAUGCUAUUGAACAAUUAUAUUCAUUUAUUCGUUUGUUAGUUAUCAUUUACCAGUGGAACAAUAUCGUUCAUCCCUAGAUUUUAAUUUACAAGCAAGCUAUUAUUCAUCUAUUCAGAAGAAGCAAGCAAUAUUUUAAAUUUGAAAUAACCGUUUGUUACUUGGCAAUAUUGAAAGUAAUAAAGUAAUACUUGCUCAAACACUAAUUUUGGUAUGUAUUUAUCCAGAUUAAUAAUAUUAUUAUAUAUUCAUAUGUUACUUAUUUAAUAAUAUAUUUUACAGAUAACUUAGAUUUCAGUGUUAUUUGACUCACUCCUAAACAUAUUAAUAAAUUACUGUGUUUUUUGUUCAGUUACCAACCAAAUGCGAUAAAAUUGUAUUACUAUUAUUGUGAUUUAAAUGUAUGUCGAUUUUUUCAUGCAGUACAUUAAAUUUUGCAGACAAUGA